AAUUAAUGAAAAGCUCUUAUGAUUGCUUGUAACCAAUUGAACUUUGGUUUGAAUUUUAAUUCGAAAAGAAAGUCAAUUGGAAGUGCACGUGCGCGGUGAAGCAAACAUUUUUAAAUUGUUAAUAAGUAAUAAUUAAAAGAAAAAUAUGCCUAAAGCUUCGAAAUGUCGUGUUCGCGAGUGUUAUAGUGAACAAAAUGUUCGUUCGUUUGCAUUUCCCAAAAAUCGGGAAUUAUUAAAUUUGUGGAAGGAGAAUUUGAGGAUCUCACCCUCAAUGCAAAUGCCAAUGCAUAAUUCAUUUGUAUGCAUUAAGCAUUUUGAGGAGGAUGCCGUGGGACCAAAAUAUCUCAAGAAUGGAGCGGUUCCAACUUUAAACUUGGGCUAUGAUGAUGUUCCACCGAACAAGUGGACCGAAAAAAAGAAAAAAAGGAGCUGCUGUAUCGUGAGCUGCGUGCCUAAGGAUAAAGUUAUACUUUUUGCGUUUCCUAGGGACGAAGAGACCCGUAAGAAUUGGGCCUUGGCUUGCAACGUGCAAGUGUCAAGCACUGACAGGGUUUUUCUUUGCCAACGCCAUUUUUAACCCACAUUGGUUGCAAAAUAUAAACUCUUAAAAGGGGCUUUUCCUUGCUUCAAUUUAGAGCCAGUAAAUAGAAGUCGCUCGCCUAGUGCUGGCUCUGAUUGGGUUUGCCCGCCCGUCACUGCAACUUAUAGUAAGGUAGUU